AUGGGCGGGGUUGCGCUGCCUCUUCCCAAGCACAAGGGCCGGCCUGCUGGUUCCAAGAACAAGGUAGUCAGUCAGCCAGGACUCAGGGAGAAGCGAGCAGAUGUCACUGCCAGAAACAAGCUUGCUCUCAUGGAGGAGCUCGAUGCUCUUGCAGUGUCCAAAGGCAGCAAGAGGAAGGCAGCCACUGAGAUGCAGAAGAGGCACAAAGUCAGCCUUAGCUUUGCCAGAAACCUUUUCAAGUCAAGCUACAGACAGCGAGCGGAGGACUUUGUGUCCAGCAGGAGUGUGGGCAAGACAAGCUUGAGGCAGAAAGGCAGCCACCUCGGGUUCUGCCACUUUGUCAGCAAGAGUCAGGGAAAGAGGCUCAUGCGGGAUGGGGUUGAGCUAGGCAGAAAAGACAGGCUGAGGUCAGUGUGGCAGGAGACUCUGCUCUGGAGCCAGCUAGAGGAAGCCAACCUCCACAUCCUGUCUCUCAAGGAUGUGCUGGCAGACUUUCUAGACAGGCUGGAGGUAGCCAUAGCAGUCAGGAAGAAAGACGAGGAGGCAGGCAGUUUGACAGAGGAGGGGAAGGCAGAGCUGGCAGCCAUGGCGCAGAAGCAAGCCAGUCUGACAGACAAUGCCAAGCAGAGAGAGAAAUACACAGCCAGGCUGGUCACUCUUUGUGGCCUGAGAGCCAGAACUUGCCAACAGACAGCCAAUCUCAGCCACGAGGAGGAGACCUUGAGACAGCCUGGCGACUUUUCGACCAGCUCGUCAGUCAGGCUCAAGGCAGCCAGUGAGCAGAGAAAAAUUCGCAGGGACAACAG